CUAUAGAUCGCUGCUAUAAUACAAAGCAGUAAAAGCGCUCGGCUCACACGAGCGGCUGCAGUUUAAACCAGAGAUCCCGUGGCUUAUAAUUCUCUCACUACUUUUCUUUUUUUUUAUAUCCUCUUUCGAUGUGCCCCGUUAUUACCAUCAGUCUGAGGCGCUCAUUUCCGCACCUGCCGCGGUAAGAGACCAAGAGACGCAGGCGGAAAAAAAAGGGGGGAGAAGAGAGGAGACAAGGACAUCGGCAGCUGAGAUAAGACAGCAGCCGCAGCGGUGACUCUUUUUUCUUUUUUUCUGUUUUUAGAUUUUUUUUUUCUUCAUUAUUUUAUUUUUAACAUGCAUCAGCGCUGGACCAGAAUCGCUUCUGUCGCUCUCAUCUGCUUGUCCUUGGUGUCCUCCGCGGUGGGAUGCGGACCGGGCAGGGGCUACGGCAGGAGGAGACACCCCAAGAAGCUGACACCUCUGGCGUACAAGCAGUUCAUCCCCAACGUGGCGGAGAAGACCCUGGGGGCGAGCGGUAGAUACGAGGGCAAGAUCACACGGAACUCCGAGCGCUUUAAAGAGCUCACUCCCAAUUAUAACACAGACAUCAUCUUCAAGGAUGAGGAGAACACAGGAGCCGACAGGAUGAUGACUCAGAGAUGCAAGGACAAGCUGAACUCGCUGGCCAUCUCUGUGAUGAACCAGUGGCCCGGGGUGAAGCUCCGGGUCACAGAGGGCUGGGACGAGGACGGCCACCACUUCGAUGAGUCCCUGCACUACGAGGGCAGGGCCGUGGACAUCACCACCUCAGACAGAGACAAGAGCAAAUAUGGUACCUUGUCCAGGCUCGCCGUGGAAGCCGGAUUCGACUGGGUCUACUAUGAGUCAAAGGCCCACAUCCACUGCUCUGUGAAAGCAGAAAAUUCAGUGGCAGCAAAGUCAGGUGGCUGCUUCCCGGGAUCCUCCACAGUCACCCUGCAGGACGGCAGCAAGAAGCCGGUCAGAGACCUCCAACCUGGGGACAGAGUCCUGGCUGCGGACGGCGACGGAAACCCGACCUUCACCGACUUCAUCAUGUUCAUAGACCGAGACUCCACCACCAGGAGGACCUUCCACGUGAUCGAGACCGAGACGGGCCAGAAGAUCACCCUCACCGCCGCGCACCUCAUCUUUGUCGCCCGUGAGAACUCCACGCGGACGGCGACGUUCGCCAGCGACGUGCGACCCGGACAGCAGGUGUUCGUCUACGACGGGGAGCGGAGACGAAUCGUGGCGGUUCACGUGAAACGGAUUUACACGCAAGAGCACGAGGGCUCCUUCGCGCCCGUGACGGCACAGGGGACCGUGAUGGUGGAUCAGGUUCUGGCAUCCUGUUACGCGGUGAUCGAGGACCACCAACUUGCGCACUGGGCCCUGGCGCCCGUUAGGAUCGCCCACUGGGUGUCCUCAUCGCUGUUCAUCUCCCGGCCUCGGGUCAGCGCGCACAACGAGGGGGUCCACUGGUACUCCAAACUCCUUUACAAGCUGGGGACGUGGCUCUUGGACGACCACUCGAUCCAUCCACUGGGGAUGUCAGCAUACCCAAGCUGAAAAUCCCCCCCACAGGAACAAAAUCAGACUGAAGUAGGACCCUCGAACUAUCAGUAGAAUGACAUAUUAAAUAAUAAUAAUAAUCUUAAAAUUAAAAAAAAGAAAAGAAAAACGAACAAAAAGGCCCCAGCGGAGUUGGGAUAUUUAUUUCAGUGACUUUUCCAUGAUGCGUCCCCUUUCAAUGAAUGAAUGGAGCCUUAAAAAAAAAAAUCCUCUUUGAAUAAUUUAUUCUCAUGUGAACUCUGCUGCUGCUGUCACAGAAAUGGAUUGUGAAACGAUGCGAGCAGCAAAUUGUGCAUAAUCUAUUUUUGUAUAUCUCAACUACAAAAAGCAAAAAAGAUUUGAAAAAGGAAAAAAAAAAACAACAAAAAAUAUAAAAAUGAAUUAAAAAAAAUAUAACUGGA